AUUCCACGGGUCGUUUCGUAGCCAGUUAUUGCAAGACUUCUUUUGCGGUCGGUCGUGUUUCGUUCCAGGCAGGCGCGAAGAUGACGGAGUAAUGAAAUCAUGUUUGAUUGUUUGUGAAAUGAGGAAGUACUUCAGGAUAAACAUUCCGUCGGCAAGAUAUAUUCCUCACUGCUAGAAUCGCUUGAAAGACGGUGUCGGAUUCUUCACCAACGUAGACACAAGAGAAAACAGCUAACGGUGUGAGAUAGAGUGUAGUGUGUAAAUUUUAGCUCGGAGUUUCUUUUCCACGCUUCCCACCUCGAGGUCUUCCGAGUUCUCUACCGAGCACUAUACACACGUCCAAAAAAGCGGUGCAAAACAUUACGUAGCUCUACCGAAACGUUUGCAGAAUACAACGACCACAGCUACAGAGCGUGGCCGGAAUUCGAGCACGUUGGCGUUGGCGUUUUCGGCAAACGCACACACAUCCCACAGCACGUCGCAUGUAAGAUCGUAGCGUAGCGUCAGCUCUGGAUACGCAAAAUCGUCGUCAGUAAGAGCGCGAGCGUCCUACAAAGAGCACCCAUCUGUUCCGUGUUUUCUGUUGUCAUCUGGCAGCUCAAUAGAAGAUGACUUCCUGGCAAGGACUUCUCGUCCUAGUUGGUCUCUCGAUCCUCGCCCUAAUCAGUGAGCAGCAACAGGACAAAGGAGCUGGAGUUGAGGCCAGUAUGAUCUACACCGGUAUUAAGCUACCCUUUCCGCGACAUCGCAUGUUCUACAAAUCAGUUGGUGAGCGGAAGAUUGGCCCCAACCUCUACGAGGUCAGCACGAUCAUCCAGGAGGAUAUUUUGCUCCGUAAACAGUGCGAAUGCAUGCAGCGAUAUCGGUGUCGCGUACCGCGCAACAUCUUCUACCUAUCAAACCGCGAUUGCCAUCACCGCGAAAAAGUGUGCUGCGAGCUGCUGGAGAAUGCGUACGAGUCGACCAACGAUACCGCAGCGAUCGAGCAGCAGGGUGGUUUCGUGAGCGAUAAUGAGAUCUAAACGCACGGUGCCGUGGGCAGGCUGCUUCAACUAACCUGAAUGCUUCUCCUUAUCGACAUCGCCAAAGUCGAGCGACGAGUUCUUGCUGAGAUGUCGCGUCAUCCCCAGGCAAUCCUUGGCACUGUGUUCGUCGAAGAGCGUUAGCAGUCCCCAACUCCAUUCCUGCUCGGUAUCGAUCCAGUUCAGGAGAUCCUCGGCCCGCAGUAUCACCUUGUCCGAGAUCGCAAGCACCUCGUCCUGGGAAAUCGAGAGAAGGAGAACAUCAACUUAUUAGUAACAUUAAAGUAUGUCAUUAUAACACUAGAUUUAAAUAAUGUAGGAUGACGGCAAAAAUUGCAUUUAUAACACGUGACUUAUAUUUCCCUUUAACGAUUUUAACAACUAUUUAGAAAUGAGAUUUUAUACGCAGCAAAACGAUAUUUUUUAAAAAUAAUAAAUAAAUCCUACAAAAAUUAAAAAUGUA